GUCGACGACCAUGCGAGUAGGUGAGCAGAGCUCAGCAAAGAAUAAGAUAGCGUGUCUGAUGAGUUUCUUUUCAAUGUGGCAAAACUAAUACCCAGUUCGUGGGAGGCUGAACCGUAUCUGUUAAGUGACGAACUGAUGAUGCUGCGUUAACGUAAUCAUUGCGCAUGCGAAGUGGACAUUUCUGUCGAAGCAGCGUAGAGCACAAUAUGUGAGUCUCGAUUCCUCGUCAUUCUGUUGUGUUCCCUACGCCAGAAUGGACGGAAAUCAAUCGGCACUCGCCAAUAACAUAACGUUGGGUAAAUAUGAUUUCUCAAUCAUGCAACAGGACGUCUCUGCAGUCCAACUUUUAUUUCGAACGUCGGUCAUCGGUGUAGGAAUCCUGUUAAAUUGUGUCGUCUUAUUUGUGGUGAUCUUUUCACGUCAGCUUCACUACCCCCGCCACAUUUUUUGGGCUGCCAUUUCCAUUUUCGAAUGCCUGUUCUUAGUCGAUAUGGCACUCGAGUUGGUGACAGUGCUCAGAAGCGAUUACUUGGCCUGUCAGUUUGUAAUCCUUUUUUAUCCGGUCGACUAUUCGAUCCUGUUGAUCUGCAUGUCGCUGGCCGCAAUGGAUCGCUACUUGUCCAUCGUUCGCUUCGAGUGGUAUCAGGCGAACGUCACUAAUCGAGGUGCCAUCGUGUCCAUCACAAUUGCAGUUGGUGUCACAUACAUCAUUUUUACGAGUCCAUUCUGGACGGGCUACAAAUCACUUUACACCUGUACCACCAGUUUAAUUCACGGCGUUUGGGCCUUCACGUGGAAUUUGUUUUUGGGAUUUGUUUGCGUCGUUCUCCACUUCAAGAUCUUCGUUGAAACUAAAACUCUGAUUCGUCAUUAUGUACCCAAAUACCGUCGUAAGCCUGUUACGGUCAAGUUUGAGAAUAAAUCCUUCAUCCGACAGCCCAGUAUCAUCAGCUCUGGUACUAGUUUGAAAAUUAAGGAAAUAACGGCUGAACAAGUUCUAUCCACCGUUUCCGAAAAUCCUUCCGGUGUUAGAGGAGAAAAUCCAUCAAUCCUCUCUCAAGAUCCUGAAUUCAGGCAAUUGCACGUCAGCAAUCAAGUGAAGAACACGGACGAAUGUCAUUACGAUUCUCAUCUGCCACUAGCGUCUCAGGCCAUCAGGAAUCUGGGUGACACCGAAUCUUUUCCCUGGAUGCCAACUCGCUCGAAAGUAAACCGACUCGAAGUUCAAGCCGCCCUCAACUUGUCCGUCAACAUUCUGCCAUUUUGGUUGUGCACCUUUCCUGUGGCUUGUAAUACCAUUGUCGUUUACUGGUGUAUCCGGCUGGACGUUAACUUUGACAUCCUUAUGGUAACAUUGAAUUUUUUUUGGGACACGUUCAUGCUCCAUAGUAUUUAUAAUCCAAUCAUGUACAUGGCCACCUGUGCGGAAUUUCAGAGGGCUUUUCUUCGCAUCGCAAAUAAGUUGUCCAACAAAUUUAGUUUUAUUGCUUCACGCAAGUAAUUUUAAUAAAUUAAUUUUGCUUUCGUUGCUAUUAACGGCGGUGAUUGGCCGCAUAUAAGUGUCUACCUGUUGUUGUUGAAUUGAAUAGUCCGCACGGUCCUGAUCGAUAUUCGUCUCGAUAAGUUAACUGCUGUCUGUUUGUCGUAAUAUGCCGUAAAAUUACGUUACCUAAGACAUCAAAUUGCUGUUCCCCAUUUCUUUAUCCUUUCAUUUGGAAAUGGAAAGCGUUUGAUAUCUGGGCUUACAUAAUACUCUUUUUAUUAUUAUGCAAAUCUUUUUCUACUUCCCAAUCCCAUUGUAUAAAGUCGAGUGUACUCAUAUUAUAGCGGAUUAAAUACUUGUUUUUUAUUUUUAACUCUUAGGGGAAAAACUCUACUGUUCUCAAUUCACUAAAUUGAAGAUAGAGCGAAAGAUAAGUAUCAGUAGCCACAACAGAAGAUGGUCGCCACGCCAGCUGCUUUAGGGGGAAAAAAAAAGUUCAUCAUUUUCGCAAAGAUUUUGUAUCUCAUCUUCCAUAUUGGUAAAUAGGGGAUUUAAUAACGUAAUAAUCCUGAUAUUUUUCCGUUGCGAGCAAAACGUUGCUUUGGUUACCUUCAUAUUUAUUUUCAAGUGUUCUAAACCUAUAAAACAAACAACUUGAAUGAUUACUUUUAUCUCCUCUUUUCCUUCUAAGCUGAUUGUUAAUAAUAUUCGCCAUCGGCAAGGAUUGUCAUAGUUCAACUGCGUAUGCUAAACAGGAAUUAUUGAUAUUUUUAAAACCCACCCAUAAUGUACGAUGUUUUACACGAAACAGAUAAAAAGUUCCAUAACUACGGAAUAACAAUAAGUAUAUCCCACGCCACCUAACCAAGUUAAUCAAUAACAUUUUUCUAUGUUGGGCUGCUGAAAUGGGCGAUUAAAAAAAAAAAAAAGUCAUGUCGUCAUACCAGGCUCUUCACUGGCUUUUCUCUGUUAAUAAUUCUUUUUUUUUCCCUGGAUUAGUUCCACCUUUCAGCGUCUUUUUUCACGUUUAGCCGCCCUUCCCUUUUUUGUUUUUUUUUUUCGAGGAGGAUGAACCAUAAAAUAUUUAGGGGUUUGGCAAGCAAAAUAAAACGUGGCCAGUUUUCAUUUAGUCGCCCAUUAUUGCAUGGAGUUGGUCGUCGCAGCUCAUAGAAUAGUCUGUCUGAAUUGAUUCUGUUAACUGUCACAAAAUUGCUAAUAAAUUAGUGAGAUGCUCAAUUGGACUCUGUAAGUGAUGACAUCGUUGCGCAUGCGAAGUGAAAUUUCUGCUGAAGCCACCGCACACGAUAUACAAGUUAGGAUGGUGAUCCCUCGCCAUUCUGUCGUGUUCCCUACGCCAGAAUGGACGGAGAACAAUCAGCGCUGGCUAACAUUACGUUGGGUAAAUAUGAUUUCUCAAUCAUGGAACAGAACUUCACUGCAGCCCAAACUUCAUUUCGAACGUCGGUCAUCUGUGUUGGAAUCCUGUUGAAUUGUGUCAUCCUAUUUGUGGUGACCUUUUCACGUCAGCUUCACUAUCCCCGUCACAUCUUUUGGGUUGCCAUUUCCAUUUUUGAUUGCCUUUUCUUAGUUGAUAACGCGUUUGAAUUGGUGACAGUGCACAAACACGAUUACCUGGCCUGUCGGUUCGUAGUUCUUUUUUAUCCUGCCGACUAUUCGAUCCUUUUGAUCUGCAUGUCGCUGGCCGCAUUGGACCGCUACUUGUCCAUCGUUCGCUUCGAGUGGUAUCAGGCGAACGUCACUAAUCGAGGUGUCAUCGUGUCCAUCUCAAUUGCUGUUGGAAUAACAUUUGUUAUUUUUACGAGUCCAUUUUGGACGGGCAACAAGUCAAUUUUCACCUGCACCACCAGUAUAAUCCAGAGCGUUUGGGCAUGCUCGUGGAAUUUGUUCUUGGGUAUCGUUUGCCUCGUUCUCCACUUAAAGAUCUUUAUUGAAACUAAAACUCUCAUUCGUCAUUAUGUACCCAAAUACCGUCGUAAGCCUGUUACGGUCAAGUUUGAGAAUAAAUCCUUCAUCCGGAAGCCCAGUAACAUCAGCUCUGAUGUUAAGUUGGAGUCGAAGUUAACCGCGGAACAAGUUCUGGAACCCGUUUCCGAAAAUCCUUCAGAUGUUAGAGAAGGAAAUCCAUCUAUCAUUUCUCAAGAUCCUGAAAUAAUUCUACCGGCCGUCGUCCAUCAUCGGAUGGACACUCAUGAACAGGUUCCUCAUCUGCCUUCACAGUCCAUCAACAAUCUAGGCGACACCGAAUCUUUUCCCUGGAUGCCAAACAGCUCGAAAGUAAACCGACUCGAAGUUCAAGCCGCCCUCAACUUGUCCGUCAACAUUCUGCCGUUUUGGCUGUGUACUUUUCCUUUGGCUUGUAAUACCAUUGUCUUUUACUGGUGCGUCCGGCUGGAUGCCAACUGCGACACCAUUGUGGUAGCAUGGGAUUAUUGUUGGGACAUCUUUAUGCUUCACAGUGUUUACAAUCCAAUCAUAUACAUGGCCACCUGUUCGGAAUUCCGGAGGGCGUUCCGUCACACCGCAAAGAAAUUGUCAACCAAAUUUCGUUUUGUUUUGCGCAAAUAAUUUUUAAUUCAUUAUUCAGCUCUCGUUACUAUUAAAUGUGCCUUGCCCACCUGUUGUUGCUGUAGUGAAAAGUCUGCCCGAUCCUGACCUAUCUUUGUCGUCUCCACGAGUCAAUUGCUGCCUGUUUGUGCACACGCUGUAUUACAUUUAGGUAAGAUAUUUAA